AUGCCCGCAGGCAUGCCCGCUAACAUGGGAGCGAUGGGCAUGGGCAGCAUGGGCAUGAUGCCCAAUGCCAUGCCGAUGAUGGGCAUGGGCAUGUCUCCGGCAAUGCCGCAGAUGAACAUGCCCAUGAUGGGGAACAUGGGAAUGCCGAUGAUGCCAAAUCCGAUGAUGAUGAUGAUGGCAAAUGCCAUGGCAGCUUCUCGGAGCACGAGCAAGUCGCCCACGAGAGAGGAAAAGCCGGAGAAGAAGGAGGAGAAGAAGCCCAUGCCGGUUGAGCCCGUGGAAUUCCUGGAUCCAGAUGUAAGAAAGUUGGGAGAUCACUUCAACAUCGAGGACAGGUGGCUCGUGCGGCUGGAUGAGCUGAUGAGAAGAAGGAAGGACACGAAGGAGCAGGACCUGGCGAAGCUCUACGAGGUCCUGGAGCAGGCGCGCAGCCCCACAGGACUGCUGGUGGCCAAGCUCGGCGAGAUGGAGUGUGGCCAGUUUGUCGGGAAGGUCAAGCCUGACCGAAACAUCGAGCGACUGGCCACACGAUACAGCCUGGACACCCGGGUGGUCUCUCGCUUGACGGAGUUGAGGGUGCGGCGGAAGAAGACGCAGAAGGAGGACUUUGACCGGCUUGAGCAGCACUUGAGCCUGUGCAAGAGGCCCUCUGCCACUGCGACGCUUCUGAUCGGCAAAGUCCUGGAAGGUGAGCUGAAGCAGAUUCCAGAUGUGACCACUGCAAAAGCCUUGGCACAGAGGUUCAAGCUGGACAAAGAUGCGAAGUCAAAGCUGCGGGAGAUCGCGGAGAAGAGGGCAGAGGACGUGGAGGAGGUCAUGGGGCAUUUGGAGAAGACCCUCCUGAUGUCCCACCAGCCCUCUGCGACCCUAUGCAAGUUGGCCAAAACCCUCAUGGAUGGUGGCAAGAAGAGGAGCACGGAUGACAAGUACACUGCCAACUCCGACAGCGAUGCAGGGAGUGAUGUUGAAGACCGGCAAGAGAGGCAGAGGAGUCGCAGCCCCGCUCGUAGUGAUUGCAGCACGGACAGCAGUAGCAUCCGCAGAAGGAAAGCGGCCCUGGAAAAGAGGAGCCGAAGCAGGGACAAGAAGGGCAAGGGCAAGCAGAAAGGGCAGCAGAAGAAGAAGGACAACAAGCAGGAGCCGGCGCCCAAGCGCCUGCCGCUACCCACGCCGGGCACGGUGCAAAAGGGAGGCGGCUCCGGUGGCUGGACCGUGACGGAGUGGUAG